AUGUCUGUGCCAUGCUCAGACCCAAUUUCCUGGUUCUGCUUGACCAGCCCAGACUGUCGGUACUCGAGCAAAGCAUUUCAACAGACAUCGAGAUUACCCCCAAGCUUCGAUGCCCCUGGCCUGUUCUGGUUUCUGACGGCCCUCAUCACGACUAUAGCCGCAUUCAACAUCAGCUAUAUCUGUUUCCGUAAGAAACCUCCCAUGAUGCUUCUCUCAGCAUGCAUCGGAUCUGCCUCCGCCAUCUUUCUUUUCACCGCGCCACUGCCAAUAUUGGCUGCCGAUCAGACAGUGGACCCAGAGCUAGUCGCGAAGUUGAAGAUGGCAGCGACCAUGAAUGACCGACUUCACUUGCUUUCGGACCAGCAGCUUCUCUACAACUUCUCCUCGAAUCCAAUGUACUCCUGGACACCGGGAAGCGUCUGCAACGCAAACGCUGCAACCUGGCCUGUCCUCUCCACGGUUGGGGCAACGGUGGCGCAACUCAACCUUGGGCCAUGCGCGAUGCUUGCGCCGCACUUACAUCGAGCCGCCAACCUCGUUGUUGCAGUGAGCGGAACAACCCACACGUAUAUGGUGCAAGAGAAUGGGGAACGACUGGUCCAGCAAAUUCUGACUCCAGGGAUGAUGACCAUCUUUCCUCAAGCCAGCGUGCAUUCUAUGUACAAUAUGGACUGCGGGUACAAUCAGCUCUACUCAUUCCUCCCUGAUAACGACCCAGGAACACUGAAUAUCGCUCAGGCGUUCUUCAUGAUGCCGAAAGACAUUGGUACUCAAGUGAUGCCAUUUAUCAAUCUCACCAACGGAAAUUGGACGGCCACAGGUCAGCGUAUCCCGGCAAUUGGGACGGGAAGCCAGGAAGGAUUUGAAGCAUGCAGGCAACGAUGCGGGCUGACGAAAAGGGCAUAUCCCAACGGGCAUCUGGUCAUGUAG